UCCCACGGCCUGACACUCUGGGUGGUGGUGGUGGCUCUGCUUGUGUCGUCGGUGGUGAGCGGUGCGUCGCUUAUUUCGUUCUCGGGCCGGUUGCAGACAAGCUCGUCGAAUGCGCGAGCGGAAGACAGGCAGACUGGUGACACGAGCAACGCUGGAUCCGUCGUGCGACUCAAGGAGGAGCUCGUUCUGAUGCGAGUUCGGAACAUGCCGAUUUUAUCGUCUCAGUUGGAGUUUUACGUGGUGGGGACAUCGAUAAUUGCGGACAAGCUGGAGCUUGCAAGCGAUCCGGCCGACUUUAUCCUGGCCUUCCUCAACACCUCGUUCUACGGGGGAGAGUUGCUUGACUCGGGCUACUGGUUGAUCUCGUACUCGAUCUCCAACGCAGACAAGUAUCCGCUACUCUCGUACACUUUCCCGGGCACCGCCGACGAGAUCAACAACUUUGCCUUGACCGACAAUCUCGUUGCCAACCUCUCGUCUUCGUUGCAGUUUGCCCUCAACUCGGACAAGUACAACGGGUUCCUCGGCUUAUAUCUUUCCUCGGAUACAUCGACGUCCGACUACAUGCUGGAUCUCGGAUCGUCCGACUUUGAGUUCACCUACUACGAGGUGUGUGGCGAGUAUCCGCCCAUCGUCGGCGGAACCAUGGCUCUUUCACCCUUCACCGGAACGACGUCGGCACCCCUCGGUGAUUCGUUGGUUAUCACCUGCGAGCCCGGGAUGAUACUCAUCGCGUUCUCCGACUACGGCUACGUCGGCUCUGUGGCGGUUGCGAGGUGUGAUCCGGGUCUGGACGCCAUUGCGGGGACGAUCGAGCGGACGUGCAUCGGAUCGAGUUGGUCCGGAUCGCCCGUGGUGUGUGCGCUCGUGGCAUGCCCAUCGCUGGCUCUGCCGUCUUUCGGCAGCUACCUCUGUAGCAAUGGAUCCUCGUCGUCGCUUCCAGGCUCGUUCAAUGAGACCUGCACUUUCAGCUGCGAAGCCGGGCGCACGCUGGUCGGCGAGAGCGAGCUCAUCUGCCGCGGCAACUCGGAAUGGUCGGCGGACGAGCCGUUCUGCUCCUCGUUCAACGUCUCGCGCUCGAUUGUUUCAGUGGCUCCAUCGCCGCCGAUGGAACUGUCGACGGUUGAGAGCUUUACUAUGUCACUUGAUCUCCGCGACUCUGCUGGGAAUCCGACUGGCGAGGGCUCGGACCAGCCGUACGCGCGCGAGCUGGCGUCGGGGGCGUUGCUGGUCUCGUCAACAAGUUUUGACACGGCCACGCUCCGCUACACGGCCACGGUUGCGGCACCGACCCGUGUCGGCGACUACAUUGUUGAGCUCGGCGUCAACUCGAUCGCCUUUCCGCCAGCAAACCGUGUUGUCCUGACGGUGUCACCUGGGCCGGCAGCCGGCGUGCAGUCGUACGUGGUCAACGCACCCAGCGACGGGACGUUUGCGCUAGAGACCGGCGAGGCAAGGGUGGUUACGGUGACAGUCUGCGACGUGUAUGGCAAUGAGGUGGCUGUGCCGCCGGCGCUGUCUGCGGUGGCGAUUGCGCUGCAGCGCGGCGCAGAGUCGAGGCUGAUCAGCGACUUUGUCCUUAGUGGCUCGGCACUCACCUUCGAAGUGGUAGCGACCGAGGGCGGGACGUACACACUCUCGAUCCGGAUUGCCGACGUGGACAUCAUUGGCUCACCGGCGAUUGUGCAGGCGUCGACAACGUGCUUUCCGGGGACUCGGGUCAUCGACGGCGUGCGGUGCACUGCGUGUUCUGGUGGUUCUUAUUCGGAGACUGUCGACGCGGUCACGUGCACCGAUUGCCCGGGUUUCAGCACCUCGACACCGGGCUCGUCGUCGUUCCUCAACUGUACCUGCCUACGGACGUUCUGGUUUGGAUCCGGGAGUCGAGAGCCAGACAAGCCGUGCGUGCCGUGUCCGGCGGGGGCAGUGUGUUUAGGUGGGACGGAGCCGCCGCGGGCUGCACCAGGCUUUGAGCCAUCGGACGACGGCGCAGCGUUCGUGGCCUGUCCACGACCGGCUGCGUGUGCUGGAUCGGGGCAGUGCGCGGCGGGCUACCGGGGCCGGCUCUGUGCCGAGUGUGCAGCCGGCUGGUACCGCCUGGGCGACGCCUGCCACAAGUGCCGCGGCUCGAACGCGGUCAUCAUUGUGGCGCUCGUUCUGCUUGUCUUUGCGUACGUCGCCGGUGUGGUGUGGAUCAACACGCGUAACACGCGCGUUUACGGGUAUGCCGCGUUUGUCAUUGCGCUCAACACGCUCCAGGCAGUCGCCAUCUACGGAACCAUCCAGCUGGAGUGGCACCCUGUGGCGACGGCAAUUUUUGACGUUGUCUCGCUGGUGAACCUCAACCUCGACCUAGCGUCGCCCGAGUGCGGACUCGACGUUGGCGAUGUGUGGAUGUUCAAGUGGGGCAUGACGAUGGCGCUACCGGUCUUGUUCCUGCUGCCGUUUGCAGUUGUGACCGCUGUGCUUUGCGUGCUCUUCAACAUUCGCGAGGCCAAGGGCUUGGUGUUUACGAUCAAUCCGCGGGUGAUGGGCGCGGCGGGGCGCGGAUACCUUCAAACGAUCCUGCUACUGUACCUCCCGCUGAUGUACGCGGCGCUGCGCUAUGUCGACUGCACCAAUGUGGGGGGCGGGAUUGUGGUGAUGACAACCAACCCGCAGCGGCGGUGCUACACGGCCGCGUGGUACUCGCUGCUCCCACUCAUCCUGGUGGUGGCGUUUGGCUACGGGUUGAGCAUCCCAGCAGCGCUGGUGGUCUUUCUCACGCGCAAGCACGCGGCACUCGACCUCGGCUCGUUCUACGCCAAGUACGCGUUUCUCACCGCCAAGUACAAGCCGGCGAUGUACAGGUACGAGCUGGCGAUUCUAGGACGCAAGCUGUUUGUGGUUGUCGCGGUCUGCGGCUUCCGCUCACCGACGGUCAAGGCGAGCCUCAUCGCACUCUUCUACGCCUCGCUUGUCCUCGCCGCCUGUCUUCUCGACCACAAGCCGUACGCCGAGGCCUACCACUCGCGGCUGGACGUGGUCACGCUUUUUGGCUCGUUUGUCCUGCUCUGGGGGGGGACGAUCAGCUCGUCGGCGACGCUCCGAGACUCGGUGGUCAUCACUGCCAUCAUCGGACUCCUUGCUGUCCUGGGCAUCGGUAUCGGGUACGAAGUUUGGCGGAUCCGUGCGCGCGACGCCGCCGAGGUCGACGUCAUCUUUGCCGAUGACGGCCUCGUCGGCGAGGUCGAGAUGGACAAGAUGCCGUCAGCACAUCAACUCGACAACCACUCGUUCUCAGACGGCAGCAUCUCGAUCGGCGAGAGCAAUCCAGACAUGCGGUCCAUCGCCAUCACCGACUCGGUCACCGCCACUUCGCCGCUUCACUCGCUCGGCUCGGGACCCAUCGGCUCAGAUCUGAUCCCGCUUCCGCCGGCGCUUGACGGCCCCGUCGUGACGCCCGACGCCGAAGCCCUCCAUGCUUUCAGCAGCGAUUAG